AUGCCGUUUAAUUUUAGCGGAAAGAAAAUGUUGGUGACUGGGGCAGGGAAAGGCAUCGGACAUGGUGUAGCUAUUGCACUGAGUCAAAGCGGUUGUAAAGUUUAUGCUGUAAGUCGGACAAAGUCUACGCUUGAUACGUUAGUGGAGGAAUAUCCAAGCAUUGUACCCAUCGAAGCUGACUUAUGUAAUUGGGACGAUACAAGAGUAAAGUUAGAAAAACUUGAAGCUUUGGACGGUUUGGUGAAUAAUGCUGGUAUAAAUAGUCAUGAUUACACUGCAUUGGAGUGCCCAAGAGAGUACUUAUGUAAGUUACUGGAUAACAACCUUCUUAGUGCAAUAAACUGUUCACAAGUGGUUGCUAAGAAAAUGAUAGAAGCCAAAGUUAAAGGCUCAAUAGUCAACGUAUCGAGUAUAGGAGGCUUAGCUUCAGCUUCAAAUGCACUACCGUAUCACGUGUCAAAAGCUGGACUGGAUAUGGCAACCAAACAGUUAGCUCUAGAACUCGGACCACAUGGUAUCCGUGUGAACUUCGUGAACCCGGCAAUCGUAAGGACACCAAUGAUGCAAGACCUCAUCGGGAAAGGUUUACCGGUGGAAAGUUUAGCUAUCGAAAGAUGUCCAAUGGGCAGAAUAAUAGAGGUAAAUGAAGUCGUAGAUCCGAUCCUGUAUCUCUUAAGCGAUCAUUCAUCCAUGGUGACUGGACAGACUCACGUUGUAGAUGGCGGUAUACUCUCUAACAUUACGGUGAAAAUCUAACUCUCUAAAAUGGUCAUCGUGCAACUUUGUACCAUUAUAGUUGCAGUGUAACUCUGUAACCUUACGAUCAAUGUGUAACUCUCUAACAUUGCGAUCAAUGUGUAUCUCUCUAACAUUACGGUCAAAAUCUAACUCUCUAAUGUCAUGGUCAAAGAGCAACUUUGUACCAUCAUAGUUACAGUAUAACUCUGUAACAUUACGAUCAAUGUGUAACUCUGUAACAUUACGAUUAAAGUUUAUCUCUCUAACAUUACGGGUCAAAGUGUAUCAUGAACUAGCGAGAGAAGUCAACUUACAGGUUAACAUUCAUUUAGCACACACGAAUAUGUUGAUGAAAUUCAGAGACCAUGUCAAAAGUGGAGAACUUCCUUUUACGGUUCAGGAAACAAUUGUUAAGAUCAUUUUAAAUGUAGUCUAAAUGAGCAGCGCUAACAUUUUCAAUCAGGGCACGCAGGCAAUUCUUCUAAUCAAUAGUGCUGAAAACAAUGUGUGAUAUAUUUGAAUAUUGUGCAGACACUUUUUAACACAUCAAGGCUAAUUAGAUCAAUAGAACUGGAUAGCUUGUCGGAUGGGCGGACAAAUGGAUGGAUAAGUGUUUUGUUUAUCAUUUAAGAAAUAAUAAAUAUGUUCAUAUAUUUUUUUCAGUUAAUAAAAUAUGGGCAGUCGUUCGGAUGCGUAAUAAUUAAAUCACGAGUGCGUAGUGUUCGGAUGCGUAAUAAUUAAAUCACGAGUGCGUAGUGUUCGGAUGCGUAAUAAUUAAAUCACGAGUGCGUAGCACGAGUGAUUUAAUAUUCGCAUCCGAACGACUGCCCAUAUUUUAUUAACUGAUAAAAUUAUUUGAACACAUUUAUUAUUUCGAUUCUAACCACGCAAAUUCUAUGCAUUUUACAGUACUAAAUUUUAGCUCGAUACGCCAUUCGGCUGGCCAUAUGCUAUUAUAAAAACCUCCCCACGAAUGGAAAGCGUUGCAUAAAACGUAAUUUUCCAAUAUUCAGUAAAUUUUUAAUUAAAGUAUUAAGUAGUUACUGCUGUGAAAAUAUUAUUUUCAAUAACAUCUAACUUCGGAUAUGGAAAUCAGAAGUAAAUACUCCAUUCAAAAGUUAUGUAUACAGUUUCUAAAAAUAGUACACGUCACCUAUGAUGACACUGAAAAAUACACACCAGAACAUAGCGGCAUAUAAAGACGUAAACACAUGAGUCUGGAAGAAUGGAGCAUGUAUUAUAAUUUAUUUACUGUUAAAGUAGAAUCUAGUUGACACUUGUGGUGACUAGAACGCAGAAAUUGUAAUCUACGUACACGACCAGAUAUAGAGCUAGAUGCACUGAUGUUGAAGUACUGUCUAGACUGGCUGAAACAUUUUCUUACGGUUAGAAAUUAUUUGUUUCAGAAAAUUUGAUGUACUGUUUAGCUCGACUAUUCGAAGAAUAAGUAGAGCUAUCCUACUCACCACGGCGUCGGCGUCGGUGUCGGCGUCGGCGUCGGCGUCGGCGUCACACCCUGGUUAAGUUUUUCGUACCAGUCCACAAUUUGACAAAGUCUUUCGAGAUAAAGCUUUGAAACUUUCAACACUUGUUUACCAUCACCAUGUCCAGUUAUAGGCAAGAGUACAUAACUCUGUCAAGCAUUUUGACUGAAUUAUGGCCCCUUUUGACUUAGAAAUCUUGGUUAAGUUUUUCGUACCAGUUCAUAUUUUGACAAAGUCUUUUGAGAUAAAGCUUUGAAACUUUCAACACUUGUUUACCAUCACUUUGUCCAAUGGCAGGCAAGAGAACAUAACUCCGUCAAGCGUUUUGGUUGAAUUAUGGCCCCUUUUUGACUUAGAAAUCUUGGUUAAGUUUUUAGUACCAGUCUACAUUUUGACAAAGUCUUUUGAGUUAAAGCUUUGAAACUUUCAACACUUGUUUACCAUCACAAUGUCCAGUUGUAGGCAAGAGUACAUAACUCCAUCAAGCAUUUUUGCUGAAUUAUGGCCCCUUUUGACUUAGAAAUCUUGGUUAAGUUUUUCGUACCAGUUUAUAUUUUGUGUAAAGCGUUUGACAUAUGGCUUUGAAACUUUUAUAUCUUGUUCAGUAUAAUAGUCUCUAUCAAUAGGCAAGAGUACAUAACUUUGUCAUCUUUUUUGGCUGAAUUAUGGCCCUUUUUGAACUUGUAAAUUGGUUCUGUUUUGUAUAUGUCCAUGUUUUGUCAAGACUAUUUGACAUAUGGCUUUUUAACUUUAAACACUUGUUUAUCAUUAUGAUUUCCAUCUGUAGGCAAGAGUACAUAAUUCUGACAACUAUUUUGGCUGAAUAAUGGCCCUUUUUGGACUUUGAAAUUUGUUCAGUUUUUCUUACAAGUCAGCGUUUUGUCAAAACUAUUUGAACUGUGGCUUUGAAACUUUUAACACUAGUUUAUCAACAUGAUUUCUAUCUGUAAGCAAGAGUACAUAACUCUGUCAACUAUUUUGACUGAAUUAUGACCGUUUUUGGACUUGGAAAUUAGUUAAAUUUUUCAUACAAGUCCUUAUUUUGUCUAACAUGUAACUUAACAUAUUUGCCAUCGUGGUCACACAUUGCCAUUUGGUGCAAGACUAAUUGAAAUCCACAAAUACAGGAACAUUUUUUGUUUAAUCCAUUUUUUUGUUUUGUCUGAAAAUCUAUGGAAAUAUUUCGACCCCAUUCUUCAGUCAAUUCUUCGAAUAGUCGAGCGCGCUGUCAUCCGACAGCUCUUGUUAUUACUACUGGUCUGCUUAUUUUAUUUUGUCUCUGUUUACCGUUGCAGAUUAUAAUACAAUUGCAGAUUAAUAAUUUUGAAAACGAAUGGAGAUAAUUAAAGUAAAGGGUACUUAUUGUUCUUUCUCGCCUGAUACGGCUGGCGUAUAUUAUAUACUAUAUACUCAGAAUGAUAUGAUUUGUAAACAUGUACUAUUUAUUUAUUUUAUUCGUUGUAUAAGUAUGUGAUGGAUUGUUCUUUAUAUUUUUUGUAACAGUUGAGGAAUUUUACGUGUAAUACCCGAGCAAAAUUCAACUUAGUAGAUUUUUAAAAAAAAAAAACAACAAAAAAGCUAAAACUAAAAAAUAUAAAAACUACCAUUUAGUAUUAAUUUAAGGUUUAAAAGUAAUGAUAAGUGUAAGAAAUAUUCAGAUAAUAAAAAGAUAACUUAUUUCCAGUUGAUGAUAUUUCAAUCCUUUUUUCUCUCAUUUCGGGUAAAUGUUUGUCUUCUCUUAUUUCUUUCUUAUUCAAUAUUUAAUAUUGCAAUGAACUGUGUAACAAGCGUUCUUGAAUCGUGCUGUCCCUCAUGUACUCCUGCUGCAUCUAUGUGUCCCCGCGUCCUGGUCUGUCUCGGUUGUUUUCUGUUAACCAUCUUAUGCAUCCGUUCGUCAUUCUUCGACCUCACUACCCUGACAUUGUAUCCUCAUAGGUAACGAAUUAGGAGCCUGGAGAAUGGCGAUCGGAUUGCAUUACUUUAGGGGGCGUGCUUGUAUAAAAGCUGCAUAUUUUAGUUACAAUUUAUGUUCGUUUUUUGCGAAGUACCUGCAUUUUCUCUAUCGAGACAUCAUUAUCAAGUUACACCUUGUAACCCAACUUGUAUGUAACUCGAGUUUGAAAUUUUCAUAUAUUGCUUUCAUUUUCAUGUACGUGUCUUUGAUUGACACUUCUGCUCGUUCAAAUAUUGAUGAUUUUGUUGAUUCAAAAAUGUACCCGCUAUACUUGAUCUUAGACAAUAUUCAUUAUGCAAUGAUCACGCGUUUAAUUAUUUUUUUGUCUGGUGAUGUCCAUCCCAAUCCUGGGCCUAGUCUAGCAUCUAAUGGUUGUUUUUCUGUACUACAUCAGAAUAUAAGGAGUAUUCGCAACAAGUUAGAUUAUAUCAAAGACAAUUUUCUUGACUUCGAUGUUAUCUGUUUUACCGAAACUCACUUAUCGCAAAAUAUUUCUGACUUGCAGAUGAAACUUGAAGGAUUAGGAAAUAUGUUUCGGAAAGAUGUUUCAUCACACUCAGGUGGUAUACUAGUAUAUUGUAAUUCAGGAUUAUAGCCAAAACGAUUAAAUGACCUUGAAACUAUUUUACCGGAAUCUCCGUGUAUUAAAAUAAAAGAUCAUGAUAAAAACUUUAUUAUUGCUACAGUCUAUAGGCCACCAAACUCUGCUAUCGACUUCUGGCAAAGAUGUGAUGUUCUUGUUGACCAAGCCUUAGAAAUUUCAGAUAAUAUUAUUUUAGUUGGCGAUAUAAACGAAGGUCAGUUAAAUGUAACAAAUCGUAAAUUUAGAGACAUACUUAUUCUUAAUAAUAUGACAAAUGUAAUCAAUACACCAACUCGAAUAACACACAGCACAAGCACCUUAAUUGAUGUAAUUGCAUUAACAAAUACUGUAAUACCGCUGGAUUCUGGAGUUUUUGAAACGCCGUCAAAUAUAAGCGAUCACUUUGCUACUUAUGUUUAUGUAAAAAGCAGUUUCCAGGCCAGGACAUGUUACGCCCGCCGAGUGUGGAACUACCACCAAGCCGAUUUUGAAAAGUUAAAUAACUCGAUAAACGCCACUGAUUGGUCAGCUCUUAACUCAGACUCUCUAGACGUAGCCACAUCUUUUUUUUUGAAAAAAACAUUUUUAGAUCUAGCUAAAACAUGCGUUCCUACUAAAAUUGUACAAAUCCGCCCCAACAACAGACCUUGGUAUAAUUCAUUUAUUCGUACUACAUCUAGGAAACGUGAUCGUUUAAAGCGAAUUGCAAUCCGGUCUGGGAAACCAUCAGAUUGGCAAUGUUACAAGAAAAUAAGAAAUCGUGUCAAUAAUAUGAAAAAACACCUACGAGAACAAUUUUAUAAUACGCUUGAAUUUUCCAUGAAUGAUUUAAGUUCUACAAAUCCUAAACAGUAUUGGAAAACAGUAAAAAUGCUAGUCAAAUAAAAUUCUAAAGCCGAAGAAGAAAUUCCGCCCCUUGAAAACGAAAAUCAUGACACUGCUAUUUCUGACGUAGAUAAAGCUACAUUUUUGAACGAUUACUUCGUAUCAGUAUCAGCUCUCGACGAUUCCAAUUCUGUUCUACCUGAGUUUGUUGCAAAGUCUAAUACAACUCUGUCCCACUUUACUAUUUCUGAGCAAGACGUAAUUGACGUUUUAGACAACUUAGUUGUCAACAAAGCCUGUGGGCCUGAUGGUAUUAGUCAUAAAAUGUUAAAGGGAUGUUCGAAAACCAUAGCUAAGCCACUUUGUACUUUAUUCAAUAGAUCUCUCAUCGUAAAUAGAUACCCGUCUUCAUGGAAAAUUGCUAAUGUAAUGCCGCUUUAUAAGAAAGGAGAAAAAUCUUUACCAUCUAACUUUAGACCAAUUUCUUUGAUCAUUUGCGUAGGUAAAGUAAUGGAACGAGUGAUUUUUAAGUAUUUGUAAAAUCAUCUAAACACUAAUAAUCUUAUAUAUAAAAAUCAGUCAGGAUUUCUUCCUGGACACUCCACUGUAUACCAACUUGUAGAUAUAUAUAACCAGAUCUAUACAUCUUUAGACGAGAAGAAAGCAACCUGUAUGGUUUUCUGUGAUAUAUGGAAAGCUUUCGACCGAGUUUGGCAUAAAGGCCUUAUAUUUAAACUGAAGCAGUAUGGUAUUUCAGGAAACUUGGUCAAUUGGAUAACAGAUUACCUGGAAAAUAGGUCGCAAAAAGUAUUUGUAGGGCAAUCAUUUUCAAAUAGUAGGUUAUUAACUGCAGGCGUACCUCAAGGAUCGGUCUUGGGCCCUCUUUUAUUUCUUGUAUACGUAAAUGAUAUUGCUGAUUCUGUUAUAAGUACCGCUAGACUAUUCGCUGAUGAUAGCUCACUUGCUAUAUCUUUACCAGACUCCGUUUAUAUAGAAAAUGUUUUAAAUUCAGAUCUAAAAAAAAAUUUCCAGCUAGGCAAAUCAUUGGCUUGUAAAAUUCAAUCCUUCUAAAACUGAAGUCAUGUUUUUCUCCUUUAGAGAUAUAGCUCAACCUUCGUUAACCUUUGAUAAUACCCCUCUAAACUUCGUUGACGAUCACAAACAUCUAGGUCUUACAAUAAGUCACGAUGGCUCUUGGCACACCCAUAUAAACAAUAUCACUUCCUCAGCUUCAAAAGUACUCGGCUCGAUGAGAAUGUUAAAAUUCAAAGUUAAAAGGUCUACCCUCAACAACAUUUAUAUAUCGUAUCUAAGACCUCUACUCGAGUAUGCUUCAGUUGUAUGGGAUAGCUGUACUCAAUAUGAAAAGGACACUAUAGAAAAACUUCAAUAUGAAGCAGCUCGAAUUGUUACUGGUUUGACUCGUUCCGUUUUCAUUCAAAAUUUAUUAACUGAAGUUGGCUGUGUUUCUCUUGCAGAUCGUAGAAUUAUGCAGAAAUUAAUAUUAGCUUAUAAAGGAAACAACGGACUGCUUCCAGAUUACCUUAUAGACAUUUUUCCUCCAACAGUGCACAAUUCUAACAACUAUGAACUUAGAAACAACACUAAUUUUGUAACAUUGCCUAGACGUCUCGAAAUUUACUCAAAAUCAGUUAUACCCGAUUCAGUAAAACUAUAGAAUAACCUUGACCUCCCGACACGCAAUGCUAACACACUUACAUCUUUUAAGAGCAAAUUGAAGAGUAAAUUUAAAUCUCCAAUUGUUCUGUCUUUUUAUCUAAUAGGAGAACAAUUCUAUAAUGUAGUUCAAACUCGUAUUAGAAACCGAUGCAGCAACUUAAACAAUGAUUUAUUUUAUAACCAUUUACGAGACUAUCCCAAUUGCUCUUGUGGACAUGGUAUUGAAGAUGCGGAACAUUUCUUUUUUAAAUGUAGCCAUUAUGCCGGUGCUCGUCGAUUGUUAUUUAUCAAUAGUCGAAGAUUUCAUCCUCUUAGUACUCACAAAUUACUUCACGGAAUUGAUUCACUUACUAUUGAGGAGAACAAAUCUUUGUUUUUAGAAGUACAAACUUAUAUGAAAAAUACACAUCGUUUCUCUAGCACUGCCUCCUGAUCUUUUGACUAUAUGUCUGUUUUUAAGGCUCUGGGCUGGGCUGGGUGUGGGAAUUCUGCAGCGGAUGCGAUGAGGUGCACUGAUUGACUUUACGCUUGUCUGUGUUAGUUUUAUUGUUGUUUUUUUUUUCUCUUUUCGAUUGUUUUUUCCCCCUGCCUUUCUUCUACUUAAUUUACUGUAUUAACUCUGCUUCUAUAUAUAUAAGUAAGUUUAUAUCUUAAAAUUAUAUUUUGUUAAGCAUAUUUUUUUCUAUUCUACAAAAAUCCGCCAUUUAGUUAAAUCUAACAUUAAUUUGACAGCCACGGACGGACCGAUUUCUAAUGUUGGCAAAACUUGUGGUCCAACCCUUUUGUAUUAUCGCACAUUCGCAAAGUUACUGAAUACUUUCUAAUGUACAGUAGUAAUAUAUAUGUCUUGUAUAAUGAUAGUAUGCUGUUGUAUAAAUAUUUACAUAUGUAUCUGUAUAAUAUUGUCUUGAUGUACAUUACCAUAAUGUCUUGUGUGAUGAUUACAAUAAAAUAUGAUUAAACUAAA